AUGGACAGUUCAAGUGAAACCGGAAGCGACAGUGAUUAUUUCGAUGAUGCAAACAGCGGUUCGGAAACGGGAGAUGGCGAAAGCCAAACAUCCGACGAUGAUGAUGAAAUUGAUUUAGAAAACCUAAAAUUAGACGAUGACUCCACAUGGAAAAGUUCGUAUACUUCCCGUUCUGGAAUGAUUUGGUCCUCAACUCCUCAUCAUUCAACGAAAAAUGAUUUUUCGAAUGAUGUUAUUCAAAAAGCUGGUCUUACAAAUACCAGUGAAAAUAUUUCAUCUGUCGAAGAUGCAUUCAUGUGUUUUAUGCCAAACAAACUUCUGGAAAAAAUCUUGGAUUAUUCAAACUUGGAGUAUACUCACAAGAAUACCUCCACGAAAAAAAUUGAAGAAAUAACACUCAUAGAAUUGAAAGCAUUUAUUGGACUUUUAUUGCUUGCUGGUUUAUUGGGGAAAUCGAAGAUCGAUCUGAAAUGCUUAUGGAGAAGAAGUCCAUUAGAACCGCCAAUAUUCAAAGCCACUAUGUCAAGAACUCGUUUUCAGGAUAUUAUUUCUUGUUUGAGAUUUGACGACAAAAGAACAAGGGAAGAAAGAAAACGAACAGAUAAAUUUGCAGCAAUUCGUGAAAUCUGGUCAUAUUUCCAAAAUUGCUUACAAACAUGUUACACACCGGGAUCAAAUGUUACUAUUGAUGAACAACUACUAGGAUUUAGAGGAAAAUGUUCCUUCCGUCAAUAUAUGCCAAAAAAGCCUGACAAAUACGGAUUAAAAUUUUGGCUAUGCGUUGAUGUGGACUCACAUUAUGUAUUCAAUGCAUUUCCUUACGUUGGACGACAACCGAAUGAGCAAAGACAAACACAGAUAGGUGCCAAAGUCGUUCUAGAAUUACUCAAACCACUUUACGGCUUCCAAAGAAACGUUACAAUAGAUAAUUUCUUCACAAGUGUUCCAUUAGCCCAAACGCUUCAAACAAAGAAUCUGACUCUUAUAGGAACACUGCGAAAAAACAAGUCAGAAAUACCUAUCGAGUUUCAAUCCAACGAAAAUCGUGAAGUGGGUUCUUCGCUCUUUGGUUUCCAAGAUGGUUUAACCUUAGUUUCAUUUGUCCCAAAACAGAAUAAAGCUGUUUUAUUGCUCUCCUCAAAACAUCACGACAAUCAAGUGGACAAUAAAACUGGAAAACCGAUCAUUAUAUUGGAUUAUAACAAAACAAAGGGGGCUGUCGAUACUGUUGAUCAAAUGUGUCAUAAAUACACGGUAAAAAAUAUUUCAGUAUUUCUAUAGCUUAUUUUACUUUUCAGGUAAAACGAGGUACAAAGCGAUGGCCAGUUUGUAUUUUCUAUGGGAUGAUAGACAUUGCUGCCAUAAAUGCUCUGAUUGUCUGGAAAGUGAAAAAUCCUCAAUGGAAUCAGAAUACAAAUCAUAAACGUCGAUUAUUUUUGGAAGAAUUAGGAUUAGCACUGGUAUCGCAUCUGUUGGAUUUUCGUUCGAAGAACUCGAAAUUUUUGAACACAGAUAUUCUAAAUGCUUUAGCAAUCGUCGGUUAUCCUGUGUCGAAGAACGAUCCGGCAGAAGCGAAUGAAAAUCCCACUCAACCAAAACGAAAAAGGUGCUCCAUUUGUGAACGUUCUACGGACAAGAAAACAUCAAUUCAAUGUUUCAGUUGUUCUUCGUUCGUUUGUAGUGAUCAUUCUGUCAAACGUGUCUUUUGUAUUAAUUGUUCUAAAUAAGGAACAUCGUUCUCAUUUUUUUCUAUAGAAUAAAACAAGAAAAGGUCAGAUCUUACGAAAAUAUUGGCUGAAAAGUAAAAGGAUUAUUAAAAAAGAACACAUGUCAUCAAAAUCACGGUUAAAAGAGGCCGGUACUCCAAGGGUUAACGGAGCACAGCUGGCUUAAGGAAGAAGUUUCAUUGUAUUUCAUGUUGAAAUAAAUAAAAUAUACAUUACUACGAACAUAUAGCAAUUUUUUAAUAAGAUGAUACAAAUAGCCAUAUUUUUAUUAGCAAUUAUUUUUCAAUUUUAAUGGAUAUUUUAGAAGAUUGAGCACUCUAUCUUAUCUCUCAACAAAAAAAAGACGAAAAUGAAAAGCAUUUAGCUUGUAUAUUAAAACUUGAACAUCAAAAACCUUUACAUAUCGAAAAAAAAACUUGUAAAAAAAACAAGUUUUUUUUGUUAAUCUAAUUCUUUUGAGAAAAAACAAUUUUUUUAAGGAAGUCUGAUGCUAAUACCAGAAUCGAGAUGACACAUAAUAGGUCAUGUUAAAUUCUUAUCGGUGUAUGUGAAAUCUUAUUGAAUAUGUUGUGUCGUCUAUGGAAGAAUCAAAAAGACUUAUGGCAAAUGUGACAAUGUACACACAUUCUGAAGUUUUAUGUUGACAUUUUCAAAUAAUCAAAAGGGUAUGACUGUACAUAUAUGGGUGUGUGAGUUAAGAUAGAUCUAGAUAUGGUUGUGAUUUUCGAUAAGUUCAUGUGUUUAGUUCACUUUUUCAUCGAUGAAUGCUGCAUCAAAUCUAUACAUUCAUUCAUCGAGAUAUUUUCAAAUACCUUAGAAGAUACUUCAACGUAUCGAAUAAUAUAUUCUUUUCUUUUAUAAAAACUGACAGAAAAUGAGUUGAGAGAUAGGAAAAUAAGAGUCUAUCGAUGUUUGCUGCCAUAAUUCGAUGUAUCCCAUCUAGAUUGGCAUUCUAAUUCGAACUACAUCAUUUACGGUAUUUCGGAUCAGCUCAAUUCAUCUUUGUCAUUUUUAGGAGUACUUCUUUCCAGCGUAUGAUUUUUCCAAACUUCUCUCGUGCAUAGAUAUAAGACAGUUUGAACUAGUUGGGCUAGUGUAAGAUGAAUGAGUAUGAACGAAAACAAAAUAGAUUUUUACGUAUGUGAUCCGAAUUAUUCCAGGCGA